CAACCCUGCUUGUGUUUGACAAACGUCUAAUCGUAAACUGUUUUGUCAUUGCAGAAUUUUUAAAACAUGUCUUUAGCCGCAAAUCCCCGUCCUUACUACCCGGACUACUCUAACGCCCCAGUCCAACAUCAUUUCAGCCCUUAUGCAGACAACGGCGGAAGCGUUGUGGCAAUCGCCGGGGAUGACUUCGUAGUGAUCGGAGCUGAUACCCGUCUAAGCACCGGGUUUUCCAUCUACACCCGACAACAAAACAAACUGUUCCCGUUGUCGAAAACGACAGUUUUGGGUUGUGCAGGAUGUUGGUGUGACACCCUCACUUUGACCAGAGUAUUAAACUCUCGCAUGCAGAUGUAUCAACAAGAACACAACAAGAGUAUGUCGACAGUUGCCUGUGCCCAAAUGUUAUCCACAAUGCUCUAUUACAAGAGAUUCUUCCCUUAUUACAUCUCCAAUGUGCUUGUCGGCUUGGAUAAUGAGGGUAAAGGUUGUGUAUACAGUUAUGACCCAAUUGGACAUUGUGAAAAGGCAACAUACAAGGCUGGUGGUUCAGCUGGUGCUCUUUUACAGCCCCUUUUAGAUAAUCAGAUUGGGUUGAAGAACAUGGAAAUUGUUCCAGAAGAAAAACUAACAGCAGAGAAAGCUAUCAAGGUCUUAAAAGAUGUUUUUAUUUCAGCUGCUGAAAGAGAUAUUUAUACUGGAGAUAGUAUUGUAAUUAAUAUUAUCACAAAGGAUGGCAUUAAGGAAGACUCAUUCGAGUUGAGGAAGGAUUAAAUAUUUUUUAUUGUACUUUAAUAUAAUUUUUCAAUAAAUAUUUAAAAUUUU